UUGGGUCUUGUCUCGGCAUGUUCCCAGAGCUCUGUCAUUCAGCGGGUCCACGUGUACAUUGAGAUGUAAACCUACUUGCCGACAACAUGUCUAAUUUACUCUGGAAACACCAAAAUAUCCACACACCAGCCUCUGUCAAAGAAACAUCCACUAUUUCCCAUCAGAAUAAAAGAUGUAAACGAAAGAAAAAAAACAAAAAGAAGAAUCAUGCUAUGGAAAUCCAAGAGACAUCCUGUGAUCAGAAAAGAGGACAGAAACGAAAGCUUCUGGACAACAAGACGGAGUGUAUUAAAAUUGGAAGUACUUCAGGUUUUGUAUCUGAAGAGUCAAAUAAUAUACAGUUCAAAAGGCCUAGAAUAGCCCAUCACGCACUGCCUGGAGAAUCAUGGGAGGUGGAUAGUGGUUUUUCUUCUGAAAGUAGUCCGCCCACUAGUGGCAGGAGUUCACCGUGUUUGAGAAUAGAUCACUCCAAGAUCGUAGCAAUGGACUGUGAGAUGGUCGGCACUGGGCCUGGAGGUCGGCAUAGUGAAGUGGCACGCUGUAGUAUUGUUGAUUAUUAUGGCAGUGUGUUGUAUGAUAGUUAUAUUUUACCUCAGAAUCCAGUCACUGACUAUCGCACAAGAUGGAGCGGCAUUAGGAGUCAUCAUUUAAGACAAGCAGUGCCUUUUGAGCAUGCUCAGAAUGAGAUUCUCAAGAUCCUCAAAGGGAAGAUUAUUAUUGGCCAUGCCUUGUAUCAUGACUUAAAUGUUCUCUACAUCUCCAUCCAGCCACAUAUGAUCAGAGAUACCUGCUCUUGUGUCUUACUGCGACAGCUGUAUGAUGCUAACCAGAAUUGUAACAUCUCUCUGAAGAAGCUGGCACAGAAGCUUCUCAAUAGGACCAUACAGGUUGACAGACAGGGGCAUUGUUCUGUUGAAGACGCUCUUUCUGCUCUAGACCUGUACAAACUGGUGGAGGACCAGUGGGAGAACAACAUCCUGUGCCAGGAUUCAAACGCUGAUCAAUCCCAACAGUUUCCCAACAACUCCCUCAAACACUAUUUACAGGACCAGUACUGGCCAGAAAAUAUGAUGGACUGCAGCCUGUAAAAUCAAGGGUGAAAAGAGAAUACUGCCAACCUCAAUACCAGCAACCAACUUUAUUAUUUAUACCUCAGAUUUGACUGUAAUGUUGCACUUGAAAAACUUAGGUAACCCAAACUUAACAUAAUCAUUAAGGGAUUUUAAAUAUUAAAGUUAAUAAUAACUUAAAUGAAUUUACACAUUGUAUUUUAGAGAAUAGCUCAACUUUUUUUUCACUUGUAAGAUCAGUGUUGUCAAGGUGUAAUGUUAAUAUGUCGUUAUGCUGCUUUCUGACAGUUGUGAAUGCCACUAAACAUUCAUAUUGUUGGUCACUUGAAAGAUUUAAAUACAAAGCUAUUUAAAUAAAGGUUAUUGAUACAGAA